UUGAACUGUCUUAUCACUUACACAUGAACCUGUAAAGAACCUAUAAAUAGACCUGCACAGAGUCCUUUUCGUUGUUGGACCUGAAACAACGAGCUCCAGUACAAAAGCUGUAUUUUGAAAAAUACAUUUUCACGGGCAGCCAAGUAGGUAAACUUUUUCAUCUUUCUUUAGAGAAAAACAUGAAUUGGAUCUGGAUUAGUCUAAUCUGGUUCUGUCCACUGGUGGUUCAUAGUGGGAAAGUGCUGGUGUUCCCGGUUGACGGGAGCCACUGGGUGAACAUGAAAGUCAUACUUAAAGAGCUGCAUUCAAGGGGACACCAGAUUGCUGUUGUGCGACAGGUAGACAGCUGGUAUAUUGAGGAAUCCUCUUCCCUCUACACUUCAAUUAAUGUCAACAUUAAGUCUGGAUUUGAUGAAGACUUCAUAACAUCAUUUGUGACAAAGCUGCUGAAAAUCCAGCGAGAGGGAAAGUCUGCCUGGACUCGUUUUAAACUGGAACUGGAACAAGCCCAGUGGAUCUCACAGUUUCAUGUACAAUCUUCCAAAGGUCUUGAGCAAUUUUUUGAGACCAAAGGGCUGAUAAAGUCACUACAAGAAGGAAACUAUGACCUAGUUCUUACAGAUCCUGCUUUUCCAACAGGCGUCAUACUUGCUCAUUACCUCAAACUGCCUCUUGUUUUUAAUGCAAGAUGGACCAGUCACAAUGAAGGCCACUUUGCAAUUGCACCUUCUCCUCUCUCUUAUAUUCCAAUGUUUGGCACAGAGUUUUCAGAUAAAAUGUCCUUUAUUGAGAGAGUCUUAAAUGUAAUGGCAUUUGCUUUAAAUGAAUGCCUCUCUGCAUGGACUAUUAUACCACAUUAUAAAGCCUUAAUUGCAAAGUACUUGGAUUCAGAUGUAGAUUACAUAUCCAUGUUUCAAGCUGCAGACCUGUGGCUCAUGAGAGUGGACUUUGUGUUUGAGUUUCCUCGUCCCACCAUGCCAAAUGUAAUCUAUAUGGGCGGGUUCCAGUGUAAACCUGCAAAGCCUCUGCCUCAACACUUGGAGGAGUUUGUUCAGAGCUCUGGAGAGCAUGGAGUCCUCAUCAUGUCUCUGGGGACUUUAAUAGAAGAUUUACCACGUGAUUUAAUUGAAGUGAUUGCCAAAGUCUUCGCAAAAUUACCUCAGAAAGUCAUUUGGAGGUAUAAAGGCUCCAGGCCGGACAAUCUGGGAAACAACACUUUACUGGUGGACUGGAUGCCGCAGAACGACCUUCUAGGACAUCCUAAGAUUAAGCUGUUUGUGGCCCAUGGUGGAACAAAUGGUGUUCAGGAGGUUCUUUAUCAUGGAGUUCCUAUAUUGGGCAUUCCUUUGAUUUUUGACCAACUUGAUAAUCUGUUCAGAAUCGAAGUUAGAGGAGCUGGGAAGAAUAUUCCACUCUCUACUCUGAAUGAAGACACUUUCUUGCAGGGUAUACAGGAGGUCCUAAGUGAACCCUCCUACAGGUUGAACAUGCAGAAACUGUCCAGUCUGCACAGGGAUCAACUAAUGGGACCACUGGACACAGCAGUUUGGUGGAUAGAGUUUGUUAUAAGGCACAAGGGUGCUGCUCACUUGAGAACUGAGUCCUUCAGACUUCCCUGGUACUCCUACCACUGUAUAGAUGUGAUGUUGACCUUAGGAGGGGCUGUGCUGGUUAGUUUUGGUAUCUUUGUAGUUCUACUAAAAUCUAUUUGGAAUUUAUGUCAGAAAAAAAAGAAGAAACAAGAAUGAUAAGAAGUGCAGUUAAAUAAUAAUCAGACCGAACAAAAUACUUUUAAAUUUAGAAUUACAGAGUUUUAAUCAUAAUGACCUAGAUUAUGUCAUUUUUGUUUUUAAUGGAGCGUUGUUUUUUUUCAAAUGAUUUGAAGAAACCUGGUCUGGUCUGAAUAAAUUACCUUCUUUUCCUAAACCAUCUUAAAA